CCAUUCACUUUACACCGGGCGCCCCCAACUUUUAUCAGCGCGCGGCCCCUUUAAGUUAAAGCCCCAGCGACAUAUCCGCGUAAUGGGAGAGCCGUAGCCGAGCUGGGUGUCUGCGCGCAUGCGCGAGUGGGCGGCGCCGCCCGCUGCAUUGUGGGAUUGUAGUCCGCUCGGCCCUGUCCGCCUAUUGGCUGGCUGGGCUAUUUGCACUACAAUUACCGUCGUGCUUCGCGCCACAGAGGGGGGAGGGGCGAUGGCUCCGCCGAGAGAGACUAAACUUGAAUCCAGCGGCGGGAAGCGAUUAUAUCAAUGAGAUCGGUGAGAAGGAGAGGCCGUACCGGACGUCUGCUGAGUGCCUGCUGAUCCACAUAGAGGUGACCAUGCCUACCAGGGGCAUCAAAAGGAAAUAUCCUGAAUGGGAGGAGUCUGUCCUGGACGGACGCUUGUCCUUUCAGGCCAACAGUUACUGCUUCUUCCGUCAGUCCUUACUCAACAUGUCACUUGAGAAGUUCAACAAGGGACGUAUGAUGGUGGAGCCCAGCUUGCGGCGCUAUGUUCUUAUCGCCAACACCCUGAGAAUCAUCCAGGAUGAUUUCCACUAUGAAAGUCCGUACCCGCCUCCCGUCAUGGAGAGUGGAGUCCCCGUCACAUGUGAUCCGUCAACUGGGAAUGUCAUAAGCGCUCUUCACCCUUCAGAUCUGGAAAAUAUCCCAGCUUCCAUGGAAGAUGACUUCUCUGUAACUGCUGCCAUUGCCUCCAUUUUGAAAGAGUUAGAAAGCGUAUUGGACGAAAGUUGUCCGCAGAGCUUCCAACGACCGUUCGUCAUGCAUGAUGCUGAAGUCAAGGCCGAGUCUGUCAACCAAGUAGAUUUACGCGUCUCCUUCCCAACAACUCAAACCUCAAGUAACUGCGGUGAAGCUCAGAAGGACGAGAUGUUUCAUAUUAAUUCUAGCUCCAUGGGAGAUGGUCGGGAAAUAGAAUUGAUAAGAGAGUUGGUGUUUGCUGCAGCCUUUUCAGAAAACUUGCCUGUAUCUGUUCCAGAUGCCCUUCCGGAGCUUCCAGUUGUCGUGAACACUCCCAUCUUGGGGCCAGUGCCUGUGGAAGCCUCCUCACCCACUAAUGGUGAAGCACCAGUAGACAUGGACACUUCCAUCCCUAAACAGAGGGAGUCGGAGGUUCAAGGAGAUAAUUGCGUAUUAACUGUUCCGACCGAUGCGCUCAGGCCUUCGGAACCGGUCUUCGGCAGUUUUGAGAUCAUGAAUUCCAGCUAUCUUAAUGAUGUCUCCCUUGAUGACCCCUUUUCGGACAUUGACACUUCUGUGUUUGAGAAAGAAUCUCAAGCCGUAGUCCCGACUUUAAGCGCCCGUUUGUCUGCACCAGAAGAACUUUGGUUUUCUUCCACUUGUAGCGCCCCAUCCUACAGUUCUAACCAAAGCAUGCGGGAAUCCAGUGACCUCGAAAACAUCAUAGAAAUCCUUGUCGGGUCAUGACUGCUUCCUAAGGCAAGACCUCGUUUUUGUUCUGAGAUGGGCCAGUAUAAUGUUUGAGCUGGAAGGACUCUAAGACUCUGCAUAUUUGCACAAGACUGUAUGCUGUCCUUUUUACUGGUUUUCUUGCAUUUAAUGCAGGAAUGGUGCCUACAAACCAGUAACUAGAGGUGUUCAGUGUUUACAGAAGCCAUGCAGUAAUAGAGAUUUAUCUUUUAUCUGACUUGUCUUGACUGAUCCACUGGUGCAUAUUGCUUCCUCCUUUUUUUUUUUUUUUUUAAAUGUGUAUAUAUAUUUUUUUUUUUUUUUUGUUCACUAAUUUUAAUACCAUAAUGUAUUAUAGAGGUUUUGGGUUGCUAUUGUAUUCGAGGGAUGGGCAACUCACAAUGUCUUCUGUGAAGAACAUAUUUUAGUUAUUUGAUUUUAUUGUUUUUAAUAUGCAGAUCGGCUGUCCCACCUGAAUUUUUUUUUUUUUUUUUUUUUUUUUCUCCUCCUCCGUCUUUUCUCUUUUUCUUUUCCUUACUCAUUGGGUGCUACAUGGUCACUUUAUACUGGGGCUUGGAGUUUACUUAGUCUUCCGUUUUUCUUGUUGCACAUCUCACAAUGAGAUUUUCAGCCAGCUACUUGGCUUUUUUUUUUCUCUUUUACCACAUUCAGUUGCUUUCUGUGCUCGCCUCCAUUCUGUCAAUCAGGAGUUAAAGGGGUUGUAAAGGUUUUU